AUGGCUAACAUUUCCGGGUAUGUAAACCUACUAACUAGUCAAAUCCCCAUUGACCUUGAAUCACCCGGUAGCCAAGUUCCCGAUGAGCCUGGUGACAAGAUUAGGAGGAAAUGGACUAUCACAGAUGAUAAAAUCCUUAUUGGUGCGUGGCUUAACACCAGUAAGGGCCCUGUGGUGAGCACUGAACAGAAAGCUGAUGCUUUCUGGAACCGUAUCGUUGACUACUACAACGCAAGCCCUCUCCUGGUGGGUACUGAACCGAGGAAGCUUCGUCCUUGCAAGCAGCGGUGGGCUCGUAUAAACGAGCAAGUAUCCAAGUUUUCUGGAUGCUAUGACGGGGCUUUGAGAGAGCAGAGAAGUGGGCAAAAUGAUGAUGAUAUCAUGAAAGCGGCUUUAGACAUUUUCUUCAUUAAUAACGGCUACAAGUUCGUCCUGGAUCACUGCUGGAGGGAGUUGAGGCAUGACCAGAAAUGGUGCGCAACUCAUACGGCUAAGGACGGUGGAAAGGAGAAGCGGAAACCACCUAUGGAGGGUGAUAGAGAAGAAGGGGGACACGGAGAACCAGAGGGUAGACCUCCCGGGGUAAAGGCUGCCAAAGCCGGAUGUAAGAAGAAGAAGAGUGCUAGGGAGGAGGAGUUGACGAAGCUAGAGGCUGUUUUAGCAACUAAAGAAAAGAUCUCUAGACAUAAACUCCUAGAUCGUUUACUCGCGAAAACAGAGCCACUCUCAGACAUGGAGACUACUCUAAAACUCAAACUAAUGUCGGAAAUGUUGUGA